GUGAAAGGGGUGGGAAUUGAGAAGAAUUGGGAUGGAGUUAGGGUUUCGGGAAGUGGUGGUGGAGUGUAAACUUACCUCCGAAUUGAAAAACCCAGAUGGGGUUGAUAAAAAGGAUCGAAAUUUGGUGAGGGUUGAUGACAAGGCUGUGAAAUUUGGGAGUGGUGCUGUUUUGGGACUGAAGGAGUCUGGUGAAAAAUCUGUGAGUAAUGCAAAGGUUUUGGAGGGUUUGAAAGAAAAGAGGCUGAGUGAAGAAGGGCGUAGUGGCAGUCGUUCGGGUAUCAAAUAUCCAAGUAAGCUUCAUGAGAAGCUCGCUUUCUUGGAAGGGAAGGUUAAGAGGAUUUCCUCGGAUAUUAAGAAGACAAAGGAGAUUCUGGAUAUGAAUAACACAGAUACAUCGAAGGUGAUACUCUCCGAUAUUCAGGAAAAGAUUUCCGGGAUUGAGAAGGCCAUGGGACAUGCCAAUGAUUCAAGUGGUAAGAUUGGGUUGCCGAAAAGUACUGAGCAUAAUGACCGAGAUGCCAAAGUAGUUGAGAAGGAGCCGGUGAGUAAUGCUAAGAGUUUUGUAGAAGGGUUGAACAGUGAAGACUUGGAAGCUAGGCUCUUUCCUCAUCACAAGCUGCUUAAAAAUCAUAAGGCAUUGAAAGGAUCAUCAGAAAGCUCUCAAAGUCAUGGGUCCCAAGCUGUUGAAACCAGUUGUGAAGCAAACGUUGAAGAGAAGUCAUUGAGCCUUAUAGAUGAUAACCUAAUUGCAGUAGAGUUCUUGGCUUCCUUGGACCGAACUAAAGUUUCAACAAGGGAUGAUGGAUGUGAAGAUUUGAAAUGUUUUGAAGUUCAAGAAGUGGAUGGUGUCACUGCUGCAGAAGUUGAAAAAUCUUCAAAAUUUGUCACUGGCAAGCUAAAUUUGGAGCUCAUUCUCACAACUGAUGAAGCACUUGAUGAGUUGGAUGAUCAGGAGAAUGUACAGGAAAUGAUCAUGGAUGGGGAAACUGAGGAUACCUGCAUUUACCAGCUGAACCAAAUAGGCCAAAAAACCUCAACUGGCGGGUGGUUUGUGUCUGAAGGAGAGUCGGUUCUUCUUGCUCAUUAUGACAGUUCAUGCACCUUCUAUGAUAUUGUAAACUGUGAGGAGAAGGUUGUGUAUAAGCCUCCUGGUGGAGUUUCACCUAAUAUGUGGAGAGACUGUUGGAUAAUCCGUGCUCCCAGUGCUGAUGGUUGCUCAGGAAAGUACGUUCUGGCUGCAUCUGCUGGAAAUACAAUGGAUUCAGGGUUUUGUUCAUGGGAUUUCUGCCGUGCUUUCCGGAUUGAGGACUGUUCAGCCCCUUCAAGAACAGUGCUUGGCCCCUUACCUAACAACAUUUCAUAUGGGAGAAAUGCUUUGUCUGAUCUUCUGGAUCCAGAACCUAGACAAUGGUGGUAUAAACCUUGUGGACCUCUCAUUGUCUCAACUGCUAGUUGUCAGAGAGUUGUGAGUAUUUAUGACAUCCGUGAUGGCGAACAAGUUAUGAAAUGGGAUGUAUCGAAGCCUGUUAUAGCAAUGGAUAAUUCAAGUCCCUUGCAGUGGAGAAAUAGAGGAAAAGUUGUUGUAGCUGAAGCUGAAACAAUUUCCCUUUGGGAUGUGAACUCUCUUAACUCUCAGGCUUUACUAUCUGUUUCUUCUUCUGGUCGGAAAAUUUCUGCUCUUCAUGUGAAUAACACUGAUGCUGAACUAGGUGGUGGCGUUCGACAAAGGGUAAGUUCUUCUGAGGCAGAAGGAAAUGAUGGAGUGUUUUGUACCCAAGAUUCUAUUAACCUUAUAGACUUUCGGCAUCCUACUGGUGUAGGUCUUAAGAUACCAAAACUCGGUGUCAAUGUGCAAUCAGUCUUCUCCCGCGGAGAUUCUGUCUUCCUUGGCUGCCCUAGUGCAAGAUUGGGAUGGAAAAAACAGUCCUCUUCACAGGUUCAGCAAUUCUCAAUCCGACAACAAAGGCUAUACAGCACUUACGCUUUGCCAGAAUCAAAUGCUCACAGCCAUUACACAGCAAUUACGCAAGUUUGGGGGAAUUCCAACCUCGUAAUGGGUGUUUGUGGAUUGGGGCUGUUUGUAUUUGAUGCAUUGAAGGAUGACGGAGUUCCAUUGUUGACCAGUGAUGAUGGGACUCAUAAAGCCAGAGAAACUGUUGGUCCAGAUGACUUGUACGCACCUUCUUUCGAUUACUUGGGUUCUCGGGCUCUUCUCAUCUCAAGAGAUCGCCCGGCACUGUGGAGGUACAUACCAUAGGUUAGCAAAAGUUGUAAUCCGUUUUGUUAUUUUGGUAAGAUGCUGCUGCUGCGGUGUGUGGUGUUAUGUAUAAUAUAAUAUAUUGCAUGCCUCCAGGUUGAGGUUUUCUCUCAGGAUCUUUGUUUAUCUUGGUUUUAUGCUUGUAUUUCAAGAUGGUUAUUGAAGCUAAGAAUCUUGAACU